UUCUUUAGAAUGUUAAUUAAAUGAUUGCCAGUCGAUUCGUGCGCAGUUUUAUGUACUGACGUUCGACAACUUGGCAUAACAAUAAGAUUAACUCAACGUUGAAUGGGGUUCUAUCCGUUACGUGAUCACGAAGAAUUUGUCCAUGACGUCUCGUCAUAUGUACCUCGAUCUGACGAUAUAAAAGGAGCAUUAUGUACUUCUCGAACAGUAACUGACAAAUUGUUAAAGAAAAACGGAUCGACGCUCGGAACUGAAACAAAAGCGUUUUAUAGGAUGGUUUCCAAAGGUUAUAUUAAGCUGAACGAAACCAGAGAGAAAGGAAAAUGCCAGAAAUCUGAAGAUACAAUUAUAACAGAUCUUUUGAGUGCCUUCCAUGUAUUUGACAUACAAAAGAAAGGCUACAUUGAGUCACGUGAUUUGAGGGAAGCACUGAGUCUUAUAGAGACCGAUAUCCCUUCCAAGGAGCUCCAGCAAAUGUUUAAAGAGAUUGGUCUACUUAGUGACAGAAAGAUAACUUUUGCAGAAUUUUGCUCCCUCGUGACUGACCGAAGCGAUGUGUUUUGACGAGGAAAGAGUGACGUAUGGAGCGGAUUUCAAGGAAAGCGUGUGCAUGCUGCAAAAGACCAAAAGUGACGUCAUUGCGUCUUGUUGACGUGUAUAAACGAAGAUCUCCUGAAAAUGACAGUCAUCGUAACUUAAUCAAACGAAAAUUUAGCGUGUCUCGUAGAACAUUUUUUAAAGAUGUAUGAAAUAGCUGUUACUAGAGAGGUAAUGUCUAAGUUUUGUCUAUAUUUUUUGUAAGCGUUUUUUCAAAAUAAAUUUACGCCCAUUGUA